UUUUAGCACACGCAACCGAAUCCCACCUCCUCUCCGGCCGCCGCCAGUCGCUUGCCAUGGCUUCCUCAAACUCCACUAAACCCCACCAAUCCGAUUCCUCCCAGCAGCCGCAGAUCCCUGAAUCAAGAACCCUAAUCCAUGAAACCCUCGAUCCACCAGCAGAUACAAAGACUGCCGGAAUUCAAGAAAAUCCGAAAGCAGAGGAGACCCAUUUGGAAGAACCGAAGAACAAAGAUGGAGAUGCGGAGGAGGAAGAAGAAGAGGAGGGUGAAUGUGGGUUUUGCUUGUUUAUGAAAGGGGGUGGAUGUAAAGAGACAUUUGUGGAGUGGGAGACGUGUAUCGAGGAAGCAGAGAAGAAGGAAGAGGAUGUAGUGCAGAAGUGUUUCCAGGUGACUACAGCUCUUAAGAAGUGUAUGGAGGCGCAUUCCGAUUAUUAUGCUCCCAUUCUGCAGGCGGAGAAGUCUCUCGAGGAGGAGGCGGUGAAGCAGUUGGAGAAGGAGAAGGAGAAGGAGAAGGAGAAGGAGAAGGAAAAAUUGAGUGGGGAAGAAGAGUCGGAGAAGAAGGAAAAGGAGGAAGUUUUUUAGGUAACAAUGAUACAAAGAAGCAAUCUUGAUUUGGUGGGACUAAUCUUCUUUUUGGUUGCUGAUUGUCAGGAUUCGGAGAAGAAUUUUUUUUGUUUUGAAUAAUUAGAUAGGAUAUUGAGCUGACCCCUGCAAUCAUCAAUUAAUUACAUUGGGCAUAGAAAGAAGAAUUUAUCAUUGUAUACUGCAUAUCACUGUGUUAACUCGUUGGAUCGAUUUAUUUUGAGGAUAUUGGCAGUCUGUUUAUAUAGUUUGUUA